UACAAAUUAUUAUUAUUCUGUGAGCUUUGAAAUUAAUUGGAAAUGUGCCAGGCUGAACAGUUUUUCCAGGCGAAACAUUUCUGCCGCUAUCUAUCGCUACGAAGCGGUGGCCUGAUCAUAGCCCUCUUCUCUGAUCUGUUGGCCAUUGUGUCUCUGGCUGGUUUCUUCAGGUUAUUUUUUGAUAGAACCAGCGAAAAUAUGAUUAGAGAAACUUUCGCCGUCUUUUGGGGUGUCCUACAUUUCGUGGCUGCCAAUUGUUUGUCCGUUUCCCUGAUCAUGACAUCUCCCACUCCGGUUCUGGUCUACAUUGUGAUUGAAGGCUGCUUCCUGGCAUUUACGAUCGUCUAUGUCCUGCAGAGCGCUGUUAUGGCCAUCCAUUUAAAUGCGAACAUGUGCAUUGGAAAUUGUAUUGUCUACUGGAUAUUCGUGGGCAUCACUUGGGUAUUAUUGCCGUACUUCCUGUACAUAACGAUUUCAAUCUAUUUCGCUAAGAAACAAAGGCUCAGAGACGCUGUAGACCAGGUGGAAUAAGCUGUUCUUCGUUCUUUAAAUUUAAGUAAAGUUUUAACAAAGAAAAGAACGCCCAAAAAUA